CAGAAAUCUGGUGGUUCAACCUGCAAUACUAAAAAAAAAGAAAGAAAAAAAAAAAAAGAAGGAUGCCUCCCUUCCUUUCUUUGGAAUGUCUUAAAGGAAGGAAAGAAUCAUGCAACUCCUCUUCUGGAGCACGCAGAGCUGACCACAGACUGGGUUAUAAAAUAAAUGUGUUUUAUGUUCAUUUUGCAGAGAUGGAGGAAGCUAGUUUGUGCCUUGGUGUUUCUUCAGCUGUACCAGAAGCUGAUGCCCAUCUCAACAGCACCAUACUUAAUGGCCAGUAUUCAAUGAGUCAGAAGCUGCAUCAGAUAACUUCACAGCUCAGCCAUGCCUUUCCAGAGCUUCAGAACAGGCAGAAUGCUGAAGAAAAGGCAUCAGUGCCCUUGGAAGACAAAAGUCAUGUGUCCAUAGCAAAUCAGCCAAUCAGCAGUCAGAUGGCACUGUUAGCAAACCAGCUCAAUAGAGAUGUGGACACCAGUCUGAAUGGGAGAGUAGAUCUGCAACAGUUCUUAAAUGGACAAAACCUUGGGAUCAUGUCUCAGAUGAGUGAUAUAGAGGAUGAUGCUAGAAAGAACAGAAAGUACCCAUGUCCACUCUGUGGGAAACGUUUUCGAUUUAAUAGCAUCCUCUCUCUCCAUAUGCGCACUCACACGGGAGAGAAACCAUUUAAGUGUCCAUACUGUGACCACAGAGCAGCUCAGAAGGGCAACCUGAAGAUUCACUUACGUACUCACAAACUUGGGAACCUCGGUAAAGGCCGUGGAAGAGUCCGAGAAGAAAACAGGCUUUUACAUGAGCUGGAAGAAAGAGCAAUUCUGCGGGACAAGCAGAUGAAAAGCAGCCUUUUGCAACCACGACCUGAUGUGAAAACACAGCAGCAUUCACAACCAAUGCCUCUUGCAAACUGCAAUCUGUCUGUGCCAGCUAAUCACAGCACACCUGAUAUUUCAAACCCUGUUCCCUCUCCGAAGCCAGUCAGUGUCCAGGAAGAAGUAGUUGCUCAGACUGCUGGGUUCAGAUGUACAUUUUGCAAAGGCAAGUUUAAGAAGCGUGAAGAGCUGGACAGACACAUUAGGAUCCUGCACAAGCCUUACAAGUGCACUCUGUGUGACUUUGCUGCCUCACAGGAGGAGGAGUUGAUUAGCCAUGUGGAGAAAGCUCACAUAACUGCUGAGUCGGCGCAAGGCCAGGGAUCCAAUGGGAAUGGUGAACAGUCUACCAACGAGUUUCGCUGUGAGGUAUGUGGCCAAGUCUUUAGCCAAGCCUGGUUCCUGAAAGGCCACAUGAGAAAGCACAAGGAUUCCUUUGAACACUGCUGUCAGAUUUGUGGGAGGCGUUUCAAAGAGCCUUGGUUUCUCAAAAAUCACAUGAAAGUCCAUCUGAAUAAAUUAUCUGUAAAAAACAAAUCUCCUAGUGACCCAGAAGUACCUGUAUCCAUCAGCAGUAUGUCACAGGAGGCUCAUGCGAACUUGUAUUCAAGAUACCUAUCAUGUUUGCAAAGUGGCUUUCUUCCUCCAGACAGUGCCAGUUUCAGUGAACAAAACCAGAUUUAUAACAAAGGAGAUAUGCCCAUGAAAGAGAAAGAAGUCCUGGGGAAACUCCUUUCACCCAUUUCUGGCAUUGGCCACAGUAUUGCUGAAGGGGAUAAACAUUCUUUAUUGGGCUGUCUCAAUCUGGUGCCUCCUCUGAAAUCCAGCUGUAUAGAAAGGUUACAGGCUGCUGCCAAGGCUGCAGAGAUGGAUCCAGUAAACAGCUAUCAAGCCUGGCAGCUUAUGGCAAGGGGAAUGGCCAUGGAACAUGGCUUUUUGUCUAAAGAGCAGCAGAUACAGCGCAGCCAUGAAGACACUUUGGCAAAUGCUGGAGUUAUGUUUGAUAAGGAGAAGCGGGAGUAUGUGUUAGUAGGAGCAGAUGGCUCUAAGCAGAAAAUGCCUGCUGAUUUGGUUCACAGCACUAAAAUGGGCAAUCAGAGAGACUUGCCAAACAAACUAGACCCUUUAGAAGGCAGUAGAGAUUUUUUGUCACAUGGGCUGAACCAGGGACUUGAUUAUAAUAUUCAAAGUCAUGGAAAUGUGAAAGAAAAGCCAACUGAGUGCCCUGACUGUGGAAGGGUUUUUAGAACAUACCACCAAGUUGUUGUUCACUCCAGGGUCCACAAGAGAGACAGGAAAGGAGAGGAAGAUAUCAUUCAAGGUAGCCUGGAGGAGCGCCGUGGGUCUGGAAGCGAUCAAGAGUCUCAGUCUGUCAGCAGGUCGACGACACCAGGGUCUUCUAAUAUUACUGAGGAAAGUGGAGUAGGUGGGGGUCUCUCACAGACAGGAAGUGCUCAGGAGGACAGCCCACAUCCUUCCUCACCUUCCUCUUCAGACAUCGGAGAAGAAGCUGGGAGAUCUGUAGGAGUCCAGCAGCCAGCUUUACUGAGAGACAGGAGUCUUGGUUCUGCCAUGAAAGACUGUCCCUAUUGUGGAAAAACUUUCAGAACAUCACACCAUUUAAAAGUCCACUUGAGAAUACACACAGGUGAGAAACCUUACAAGUGUCCACAUUGUGAUUAUGCCGGCACCCAGUCUGCAUCCCUCAAAUACCACUUGGAACGACACCAUCGGGAGCGACAGAAUGGAGCAGGACCUCUCCCUGGGUCUCAAAGUCAAGAACACAAGGAUGAAACCUCAAGUAAAGGAUCGGUGUUUAUAAGGCCAGACAUAUUGAGAGGAGCCUUCAAAGGGCUUCCUGGCAUUGAUUUCCGAAGUGGCAUGGUCUCUCAGCAGUGGGCAUCAGGAAUGCUUUCUCCUGGAGACCAACAAGGACAAGCAGCUAGCAUGUCUUCUGAUGUGUCUUCCGAGAAUAUGAAGGGUUCCGACAUAUCCUCCAAAGGAACACACUUUUCUGAACUCGGCCGAGCUUAUCAGAGCAUGGUUGGAAAUGGAGUGAACUUUCAAGGGUCUUUGCAAGCUUUCAUGGAUAGCUUUGUCCUGAGUUCCUUGAAGAAGGAAAAAGAAAUGAAGGAUAAGUCCCAAUCAGAUCCACUUUCCACAAAAACUCUGGGCUCAGAUAGCAGCGAGGAAAAAAUAAAUAGCAAGUCCUCACAACGAAAAGCAGAAAAAUCCCAAUAUGAACCUCUUGACUUAUCUGUGAGACCAGAUGCCACCUCACUUCCAGGUUCAUCUGUCACAGUUCAAGACAAUAUUGCUUGGCAUGGCUGCUUAUUUUGUUCCUUUACAACUUCAUCUAUGGAACUAAUGGCACUGCAUCUCCAAGCUAAUCACUUAGGCAAAGCUAAACGUAAAGAUAAUAUUUUAGGAAAUAGCAAAGAUCAAUCUCGGGAAGCUUUGGCUUCAGCAAAUAAAGUCAGUUUGCUCCCCUCCUCAGGACAGUCCAGCAAAGAGGCAAUAGUUUCAAAUUUGAUCAGCCAGCUGGACUCUGCUUCUGAGAAAAUGACCCAAGGACAAAAUAAAGAGGUGCUGGCAGAACAAAAGAAUGCUUCCUGGCCCAGCCAUAUGGAGUCUCCUUUUUGUAAUUUUACAACAGACUUCUACAAGCAAUUUGGUGUUUAUCCGGGUGUUAUUGGCACGGGAGCACAAAAUUCUUGCACCAGUAAUGACCCUGAAGUAAAAACACAAUCUGAAGAUGACUCAAAUAUGCUGCUCUCUGACUCUGUAAAUAAAAGUGCUACUGAUGACCUGUCUGACAUAGCUUCAUCUGAGGAUAUGGAAUCCUCCAAGGAAGAAAACAUUGAAGAUGAGGACAUUGAAACAGAACCAGAUAUUAUGAGCAAGCCGCUGUCUGCCCUAAAUAAAGAAUGCAGUGAAGGAGGCGACAAUAUACAAAAUACAGUCACCUCACCAUCAACACAAGGACUCAUAUCACCGUUGCCACAAACAUCAGAAAAGCAGUGGCACAGUCAGAAUCUUCUUUCCUCCCAUGAAACCGCACAAGGUGUAAUGAAACCCGAACAAGUUCAGGGUCCCCAGGUCCUGGAGAAGCAGAUGAACAUGUUAUCAGUCUUAAGAGCUUACAGCUCAGAUGGCUUAGCAGCCUUUAAUGGACUUGCAAGUAGCACAUCAAGUAGUGGAUGUAUCAAGAGACCUGACUUGUGUGAUGAUUCUCAAUGACUGAUUUUCAAGAGAAAAUCCAGACAGGUCACAGGCCUUUCCAGUGCAGAUACUGCCCAUACAGUGCCUCUCAGAAGGGAAAUCUGAAGACCCAUGUUCUUUGUGUCCAUCGCAUGCCUUUUGACAACAGCCAGUAUCCAGAUCGCAGGUUCAAGCGCUCCAGAGUUGACUCCGAGGCUUCUGGGAAUUUAGAGGAACCUGCAGCUGUCAAACCUGGGAGCUCAGCAGAGCUAACGGAGGAGGGCAGCAAGGCCCAAGAGUAAUGCAGCUGAACAAAUCAAUCUGUAUAUUGCAAUAUUAUUUUACACAGUUUUUAGAUAUGCAUUUGAGUAAGAGUUUGCUAACUGCGUUCCAAGGAAAAGAAUCAUGUACAAACUCCCAGACAUGUACAGGAUGUUUAAAACAUUUAAAAUUAUAUAUAUUACAAAAAAAAAAAGAAAAGAAAAAAAAUCCCAGCCCUUGAAAAUGGCUGCUAAACUGUUACCUGGCAACAAGUACUUCCAAACAAUGUAGGUGGGAUAAUAAAGUGAUUUUAAAAUGUUAGGAGGUCGUUAGUUAUUUAAAAAGCAGGGCAAUUUCAAACUUUAAAGUGGUCUUUGUCCAAAAAUAAUGCUCUUAACAGAAAAAUGAUACCGUCUAAAUGAUUUAGUGUUGCCUUGAAGAUUGAGGGGCUGUGUUUUCAUUGUUGAAAACACCUUUAUAAUAUGACACCAGCUGCUGUCAUUUGCCUAGCAUAGUAAUGAGAUGUGUUGGUAGACUGCCAUGGUGCCAGUCUGACUGGAGCUGUCAUUGCAGAGAAAAUCAAUUCAAGUGGUGUUGCAACUGCACUAUAGGAGAAAUCUUAGACGGCCCAUAAGCUAGGGUCAGUACUGACCUAUAUUGAAAAGGAUUGUG